GUGUCCGCCGAGGCUUCCGUCAUCAGGAAGUAGGCGAGUCUUCUUCAAAAUCAUGGAUGCAUAAUAACAACGUUUGUCACUGUCAAAAUAGGUUGGAAAAACGAUAAGACUGUAAUAUCAUACUAUAGCACUUACAGUCAAAUAUACAGUAUGAUGCAGUCUAUGCGAUAGAAGAGCUCGAAACAGCUGUCACGUCACUUCAAACUCAUUUGGGCUGAGCAAACAGGAACUUUUAAAAGUGUUUAGUAAAACAAAUAAGAAACGCACUUGUUUUUUAGCAUGAAUACUACUUUAAAGCACUGGAAGGAGUCGGCCACUCUUAUUUUAGCCGCCGGACACAGGCCCGGUGUGGCCUCAAGGACACCCCGGACAGUCGCUGCUGUUUCCCCGCAGGACAGCAGCUGCGGACCGCAACAGCUGCCGCACAAGUCCCGCUUUGAUUACGACGUUUUACUGUUGAAACGAAGCGGUAAAAGUGGAUUCAUGCCAAAUGCGUAUGUGUUUCCCGGCGGCAAGGUGCACUCCUCGGACUUUUCGAAUGAAUGGCUGGAUAUUUUCAAGUCUUUCUGUAACUUUUCAAAUUUUGGUUUGGGAAAUGUCACCCAGCCGCUGGAGACUAGACCCCCGAUAUUCGCCACAGACAGGCUGAAAUUCGGCUCUCCUAUCCCGGGAGAGGUCGCCUUCAGGAUCUGUGCAUUGAGGGAGACCUUCGAGGAGUCCGGUGUGCUCCUGGUUAUGCCAAAAGUAGAGGAGAAGAGUUUGUUAAAAAGCAUAGAGGACAAGGGGGACACUGCUCAAGGACAGCCUUACAAGGUGAACGAUCUGUGCAGCACUGAACUUGCAAAGUGGAGGGCUUUGGUAAACCAGAAUCCCUCCAACUUCAUCAGGAUGUGCAGAGAGUUGGAGGUGUUGCCCAACAUCUGGGCUUUACACGAGUGGUGCAACUGGCUGACUCCCACAGGCCGGUACGGAGUGACGAGGUUUGACACGAUGUUCUUCAUCUGCUGCCUGCAGGAGACCCCACACACACUGCAAGAUGAGAAGGAAAUAGUGCGCUUUCAGUGGUCCACACCCUCAGAGGUCCUGCAAAGCUAUAUUUCGGGGGAGUUUUGGAUUGCCCCCCCUCAGUUCUAUGAGCUCAGUCGAAUGUGCCGCGUCCCUCUGCUGGAAGACCUCCACGACUUCUCCAGCAGGCGUACCAGAGAGGGCUGCGAACAAUGGCUGCCAGUUAUUUCCUUAAAGGAUAAAGCGUUCUUAUCACUGCUGCCAGGAGACAAAGACUACCCUCUGGACCCUUCAGGAGAGGUGGGGGUGGGUACGAGCACAGACCCUCAGCAGGAAGAUGCUCAGGACCACUCUGCACUGCACCGCUUUGUGACCGUAGAUCAGAACCCUAUAAAUAUACAGAUCACCAUCACACCCAAGUACAAUCACCUACUUCCUGUUGUCACCUUCCCACAUGACUUAAAAAGUCAGUCUUAACUUGCCCGACAUGCCGUACGAGUCGCACAAGUGCUGGGAAAAUGCAAUGAAGCAAGACAAAUGUAAUGCAGGUGAAGAAAUCAGAUGGCCUUGAUUAACAAUUCACAAUCUGUUUUAUUGACUUCCCAGUGGCAUUUUGGUCUUUGUUCAAUAAAAAGUGAUGCUCUCCAUGCCCUCAAAGGUCAGCACUGUCUAGACAGCCUGCUGUUGGUCAAAGGAGCAAUUUAGCAUGACAACAUUUCCGAGAGUUGAACUUUUCAGAGAAUAUUACCAUCGAUUCUCUCGACUCAACGUGAGUCAGUUUUGCUGCCAGUUUGACUGUUUUCAGGAAUGCAAACCUAAUAUAGUAAAUGUGUUAUUUUUGUUCCCCAUUUGAUUUGUGGGUUGUUGUGUACAUUGUGUUUUUGUUGGAUGAUAUGUAUUAUAUGCUUGAUGAAUUGCACUUAUAAACAAAUGUGGACUGUGUACUCUGGCAGUUUUUAUUAGGUUCCCUGAGUUUAUUUCCUCUUUAUGUGAAUUCUCCAGCAGUGAAAUUGCAUGUAUUCCAAAAAAUAAAUCAUCAAGGAUUAUUUUUUCUUUA